GCCGUGGUCAGCUGACUCUGCCGUCAUGUGGCGUUUACAGUCGUCGGAGAUCCUCCGGUAAGAGUCUGAACAACAACCUAGGAGGACAAAAACCCCCUGCUCCUCCUCAGCGGUUCUUCUUUGUCCUGGUUCGUGUUGGUCCGGUUCGGUUUCCCAUCAUGGCCUGGACUAAAUAUCAGCUGUUUUUGGCGGGACUGAUGCUCACGACCGGAUCCAUCAACACAUUAUCGGCCAAGUAAGAAGCUUUAAUUCCGUUAUCCUGGUGUGCUGGUGUCAUGUGUUUGUGGUUAAAGCCUCUGCAGAUGUAAACAGAUGUUUAACUCUAAACUGUAAAUGAAUAUAAUCUCCUUUUUCAGCUAAUAACAGAGAUAGUUUUGUUUUCGUGUGUAUUAGCAUGUAAUCCACAUGUGUGUUAUCGUCGUGUUGUGUAUACAGAGGGUUACAUUAGCUCAUGGAUCGAUAGUCUUUUAACUUCACUAUUGGAAACAGAGAAACACCUUUAUCGGUCUGUUCCUGUGAGGAGACUCUAACUUCACAUUUUCAGGAAGCCCAGAGGGGCUGAGAGCAGACAUUUCAAUCUUAUUGACAAACACAGAGAUAAGAUUAAAUUCAGGAAGAAGCUGUUAAAUGGAAGAGACUGUCAACUAUUUUAUCUGCAGACCCCCAAAAGGAUCUGAGUCUGCAGCAGACCGAGCUGAGUCAGGGGGACAGACUGUGUCAGAGGUGAAGUCAGUGUGUGCUUCAGGUGUCAGUACAGGUGAAUGAAACACCUGUGAGGAGGAAAAACAGACACUAACUUCUGCUCAAACUACAAACAAGAGGAAUAAAACCAUCAGAGAUUCACAUUAAAGAAGGACAAAACGGUUUUUAAUGCAAGAAAUUUAUGGAAAACUAACUAUUAGUUAAAGUUAAUGAAACAGCUGGUUUUCAAAAAUGAGAAAAAUAUCAUUUUAAUCAUAAAAUCUUAAAGGGAUAUUCCGGCGUAAAAUUAAUUUAGGGUCAAACACACUGUAACACCGAGUUAGACACCCCCUCCAGAGAUGAAUGUUGAAUGUUGUUAACUUUGACUCAUUUCUUUAGCAAAGAGACUAAACACAACUCACCUUCUCUCUUCCAGCAGCCGCUUGUUGGGCCAGUCCAUUACGGACUACAGCGGGGUGCCGCAGCUCAAGGAAGAACAUUUAUGAUCAUUUCUUCAUGGAAAUACAAUCAGACCGAGACGCUGAGGCAGAAGAACUACCGCGUCUGUAAAGUCAUCAAUAUGGUGAUUAUUACUUCAAGAAACGAUAAAGAAAUGAUCAUAAAUGUUCUUCCUUGAGCUGCGGCACCCCGCUGUUAUCUGUAAUAGACUGGUCUGAGGUUUGGUUUGGUGUCCAGUACUAUGUCUGUGACCCUAUAUGUCCUGUUGAUGAAGUUAGGUGCUGUUCUGAGCAUUAUUUGUGGCUAUAGAGUGGCGUUUUGGUUGAGGGCGUGUCUCUCUGUAUUUCUAUCCUGCGGUCGUUACUAAAGUUGGUAUAACUAGAGAAGCAAGCGGUCGACAACAUUCAUCUCUGGAGGGGGGGUCUCACUCGGUGUUACGGUGGGUUUGACCCUAAAUUAAUUUUACACCAGAGUAUCCCUUUUAAUCUAACCUGUAUUUUGUUUAUAAACUCAACUGCAUAAACUGAUUGAAACACAUCUUCGACAAUAAUCUGAUGUCUUUAAACAAAAUCAACCAACAGUCACAAACACAGCUGUGCCUCUCAGCAGAAAGAGAACAGACAAAUCUGCUUUUUACAAAGUGGAGCGAGACAGUAGUGAACGAUAACGUCAAACUCUUCAUGACGUUCAGCUGUCACAUUAGGAGAAGUCUGCAGUCUGAACGAAAACGAGUUAUUCAGCGAUUUUUACUUCUGCAAUAAAACCUGCUGUCAGCCCUCUACUAUCUGACACACACACUUCUGUGUCUCUUUGUGGGUCUGAGCGCUUAAACAAACUUCAGGGUGUAGCGCCGGUGUGUCAGACAAAACAAGCUGUGUCAUGAAGCUCAGAGAGCAACGAACAGGCAGGGUUUCACAAGAGUCACCUGACACCAGCCUCACCGCGGUCCUGGAUCAGCAAGUCUAACACAGUAAAGCGGGUACAGUUUUGGUUCAAGUUUCUGCUCUUUCUGUGAAGUAAAUACAGAUAUGUAAUCUGAAACACAACAGAUCUAAAAUGAGUUAUCAAUUUAUGGAUUUAGUUUCAACUGGACUGGUCCAGAAAUAGAGGAAAUGAUGUAAUUUGAUAAUGAUCUUUGGUGUAAAGUUGCAGAUUCCCAUUUUUAUUCUAAAGAUCAACCUGCUGCUUAACAGAGAAACUUAUAAAAAGAUUAACAUGAAUAUAAAACGGUCGCCUUGAACCAGAUAUUAGUGUCUAAAUAUUCAGAAUAAAUCAUCAGGAUGCUCUUCAUGGAUUCAGUCAGUAGUUUCCAUCUGGAGAAGCUGCUGUGUCAUCGUCUUUAAGAACCAGGUCCUGGUCCUGCAGGUUACAGCAGCAGCAGACAGGAGGUCACAUGUCCGCCUCUAACCGUCCAGAUCAUAAAGUUUUUGUAGACUCCUGCAGUCAUUAACCUUGAGUUACAGCGACUUCAUCAGUUUAGGUCAUGUGACGGCUCACACAUCAUGACGUUAUUCUGCAGCUGAAGAAACAGGAGACCUUCAGUCUGUUGUCUUCUCUGCAGACUUGUGUAAAAAAACUCACUCUGACCAUCUUUUCUUCUAGAUGGGCUGACAUGUUCUCAGCUAAGGGCUGCAACGACGACCCCAAACAUCAGUUCUCUCAUCCGUUCGUUCAGGUAAAACAUUCACUGACUGUGUUUGAGCCGUUUUGUCUAUGUUAUUGUUGGGUUUUGUUUUGUUACUCGCACAAUCACCACAGGGGGCGCUUCAGGGGAAUGCUAAUCUCUGACACCACUCUCACUCUCAUCACGUACAUCACCAUUGUCAUAAUUUGGACAUAUCUGUCCUGUUUUUGCUUGUUCAUUGAAUCAAUAAAUGGCAAAAAUAUAACUCAACAACCACCUUGGAUUGGACAUUAGAUUGUACUAGAAGCGCGUCAAAACCACCUCACUCCCCCUACAGACCGACUUCUGCCACUUCACUCACUCAGCAUCUAUGAAUCAGACUGAACAUCUAGGUGAAUAUUUCUAAUUUGGGGGUGAAACACAGCUGUAAUCCUAACCCCCGUUCUCAAGAGUCUCACUGAAACCACAAACAAAAGGACGCUGAUGAAAACAGCAAAGAGAGCAAACUUAACCUCCAAAGUCAAAACACGGUUAACAUCUAUUCACUCUUCAUCUAUGUCGUUGUUGUCGUUUUUCUCUCUCUCUCCAGGCGGUGGGGAUGUUUCUGGGCGAGCUGAGCUGUCUCGCCGUCUUCCACAUCUUACUUUGCCAUGACAGGAGAAGACCCGAGCCGAAGAUAAACCCGGGUCAGAGCUUCAACCCUCUGCUGUUUUUUCCUCCCGCCAUGUGUGACAUGACCGCCACCUCCAUCAUGUAUGUCGGUAAGUCACCUCUCUCUUUUUAAUCCAUUUUAAGUCUGAAUAUUUAAUUUUGUUUCACCUAAUCAAAGGCAUUCAUCACGUUCAUUUAGACUGUUGCUUUGGCAUUAAUUUUGAUAAAGUUAGGUCCAUAUUAUGUCUUAUAUAAUAUCUUAAAAUACGAUUUAUACCUGAGGUCAGUGUCGGUGACAUUAAGAGUAAAAAGAUAGUUUGAUCAGAAAUACUCCGUUAGGUUGGAGUUUUUUCUGGGUUUGCAUGUUCCUGUUAAAUCAAGUCCCUGUUCUUGAACAGUUAAAGCCGUUUGUUCGUGGACAUAAAAUAAUAAAAUUCAGAGCUGUAAAAGUGUUUAUGCGACAUCACGGUAAAGAUAACGGUCAGGUUCACUGCGGUCAGCCUCAGAAAAAGGAGAAAGUAAAAUCACAGAAAACAAACAGAAAGUCUCCUGAGUUUCCGUCUGAGCGUCUAAACAGAAUAGAUUUUCUGCUUCAGGUCAAAGAAUCGUUUCGUCAGGAGGAGAGAGAUAAGGAGCUCAGAGAUAAUCUUGUUUUUCCCUCCGCCGUGACGCAGCAGAGUUAGAAAUGAUUCAAUAAUGCUCUCUCAGUUCUCCUCACCCACCUGUUUUUGGUCUCCAGCUCUCAGCAUGACCAGCGCCUCCAGCUUCCAGAUGCUGCGCGGCGCCGUCAUCAUCUUCACCGGUCUGCUCUCGGUGGCGUUCCUCGGGCGGCGCCUGGUUUUCAGUCAGUGGCUCGGCAUCGUCAUCACCAUCCUGGGGCUGGUCAUCGUUGGCCUCGCCGACUUCUUCAGCGGGAACAGAGACGAACACAAGCUCAGUGAGGUCAUCACAGGUCAGACGCAGGAGAACAAAGUUUGGGGGUCGUUUUUAAAGAUGUUUACGUCUGACUCAGAGUUUGAAAAGACUCACAAAGAACUUCCUGUUGUGUCCUGCAGGAGACCUCCUGAUCAUCAUGGCUCAGGUCAUCGUCUCGGUCCAGAUGGUCCUGGAGGAGAAGUUCGUCUACAAACACGACGUCCAUCCUCUGAAGGCCGUCGGCACUGAAGGUAAAGGAGUUCACUUCUGGGCUCCAGGAGGAAUUUAUCUGACAUCAUCUUCUGUUGUUAGUGAUUAAAGUCUGAGAGGGACGCCACGAUCAUGUGACGGGGGACGUGGUCCAGGUUUAGCUGGACUGUGGACGUGGACGAGGAAUGCAAAGGUCAACAAACAAAAACAACAACGACGACGUGUCGCAUCAAUUUUCUGCACAGAUAAAGGUCACAACCAAAGACCAAAUACCCUUUCAGAUAGGGGACCUCAGACCAGAACCAGGACUUUACCAGGGUUCAGAACUGGACUGGUGAGAGAGACAGAACAAUAAUACUGUUCAUGAUAAUACUAAAACAUGACACCUCAGAUAAGACCUCUAUAAAAGAAUCAGCUCUGUGAUUGGCUGGGAGUCUCAGUCCCAGCAUGGACUGUUUUUUUCCUCUAUCAGUGAUUUUGUCUUUGAUUCCGCUCCACUCGUGUCUGGUGUACCACAGAGCUCUUUCCUAGAGCCUCUACUAUUCUCUCAGACUGAUUGUAGUUUUAAUUAGGAGUGCACUGAUCACAAUUUUGUGGUUGAUCAUCGAUCUUUAAAAAGCUUGACCUGCCAAUACGAUUUUUCUUUUUAUAACGUGUGCAGAUGUGACCUGGUGGGCGGGGCCUGUCAUUCUGGCAAAGCAAAAAGCUAAAACGUCUGACUUUCAGACCUUUGCUGAGGUAGAUAAGAUCGGUGGAUAAAACUGGUUUCAUAUGUAAGAAUCAAGAUUUAUCAGUUCAUGUUUAGUUGUAAUAGAUCACACAUUAUGUACAUGCAGAUGAUGUAAAACUCUAUCUUUAAUCCUAAAGGAGUUUUAAUGGAGACCUCUGGACCUCUAUAAAUAUUCAGUAAUAGUCAUGAUCCAGAUCUCACUUCUCAGCCCUCUCUAAAGUUUGUUGUCCGCCGCUGAACUGCCCGUACUCGCUCUUAUCUCAUCCUGUAUUGAUUAUUAGUCCUCUUUCCUCAGUCAGCAGGUCUGCUCUGAACCCCCUUCAGUCACACAAACACUCUCAUAUCACACUCUGUUCUCCUCACUGGAUCUCUGCUGCUGCUCGAGGGAUCAAGUUUAAAAUCCUCCUCCUCACGUAAAGAGCCCUUCAGGGUCGGACCGUAGAGAACCUUACAGAGCUCAGUCAGCCGAACUCUUCAGAGCUUUAACUCUUCAUGUCUGCUGUCUCCAGAGUGUUUCCCUGAAUGAACAGUCUUUUAUGUCAUCGUCCCCUCAACAAAAAGGCCGCUGGGGUUUAGGUUCACUCUCAUCUGUGACUUGUUUAAUUAUCAGUCCGGUUCGAGUGUUAGAAAAGUGAUUUAUUCUUCCAAAAAAGAAAAGAAAACACUCCGAUCCAGGUCCAAAACUUUUGCCUUCGAAUGAAAAAGUGAUCCGAUGAAAUGAGGUUAAAACAGGACGAGUGAAACGGUCAACAGAAAAUGAUCAGAGCUGACCACAAACCAUCGUUUGACCACACCGGUGACAUUUGAAUAACCCGCCAAACAUCCCAAAACCACACCCCUCAGUGACGUACCGUUUCUAAAAAUAUAUUUCAGCUUCUAUAAUUUCAGAGGAUCUAAAGUUCUUGUUUCUCCGCCUCCAGGUUUCUUCGGGUUCGUCGUUCUCUCUCUUCUCCUCAUCCCGAUGUACUUCAUCCACGUGGGCAGCUUCAGCGAUAACCCUCGGCAGGUGUUGGAGGACGCGCUGGACGCCUUCUGUCAGAUCGGACACGAGCCCCUCAUCCUGCUGGCCCUGCUGGGAAACACGGUCAGCAUCGCCUUCUUCAACUUCGCCGGCAUCAGCGUCACCAAGGAGAUCAGCGCCACCACCCGCAUGGUUCUGGACAGCCUGCGCACGCUGGUCAUCUGGGUGGUGAGCCUGGCGUUGGGCUGGGAGCAUUUCCACGGCCUGCAGGUCCUCGGCUUCCUGGUGCUGCUGUUGGGGACGGCGCUCUAUAAUGGACUGCACCGCCCCCUGAUGGCGAGAAUGCUGUGCUUCGCCAGGAUGAUGAACACGGAGGAGGAGGACAGCGCAGGGGAGAGGGAGCGGUUGCUAGGAAACGGGCAGGUGCAGGUGGCACCAGGUGACAGCUAAAGCGGAUCCACAUGAGUCCUGGACUUUUGAUUUUAGAGUAUUUUGUCCUCACCUCACAUUUUAACUGACGACACAGACGCUUUAAAGGAACAGUUCCACUUUUUAAGGUGACGUUCACCCUGAGAAACAGCUGUUCAGGUAAAAGAGUGUUGAACUGUUCCUUUAAACAGAGACAGGGUUUAUUAUUUUAGUGAAAUCUUAAUUUUUAUUUAAAGAAGCCUCUGAACCUGUCCCUCGUUUCUAAAUUUAUAUUCUUGUUUUUAAAAAGUGGAGCUGACAAAAAUCAUGAUCGCACGUGUUUGAAGAAACGACUGAUGUUGAUGUGAAAGUGAAUGCCAACUUUUUAAAGUUUGUUUUACAUUUUUAUGACUUUUACUUGAAAAAAAAAAAAAGUUUGAUUCUUGACAGAGAAAUGAUUUUCAGUCCCAAUGGUUGUGAAAAGAGAUUUUUAAAUCUUUUUUUUCCUGUUUUAUUUUUUUUAAACGUCACAGACUGAAUGGUGUGAUUGUGCCAAAGUCUUUGAAUUCACUGCCGAGUUUAAGAAUCAAACCACAGAUUAAUUUCAGAUUUAUCUCAGUCUGAUGUUUCGCUGUUUUCAGAGCAGAUGUCUGUAUAUUUGUUUGCUGACUCUUGAACUGAUUUGUACAGAUGUAGAAGAAGUUGUUGUUGUAAAUCUCCUACUUAAAGAGGUUAGAGAUGUUCGCUGUAACAUCGGAGAAGAGACUAAAGGGAACUGUCAUUUGAUCACAUUUGCUGAAUAUUACGGCCUUUUUUACGGUACACUGAGGAUGAAGAUUAAAAAUAUGUGUACACCACUGAAACCUCAAAAAA